CCUCGGAGGAAAAUGAAGCUCGAUGGAAGAAGGUACGCGAUAUUAGAAAUAUGUAAUUUUCUUUUAGUUUAUGAAAAUCCUAUUUCUAUUGGCAGAUGGGAAUACCCGAUCCCGAAAUCGACAGGAUAUUGGGAGAAAUUCUGCGACGAUGAAGAGAAGAAGUUACUCGUAGUAAGAGAUCCUUCCAAUCUGUCCUACAACUCCUUCUUUAAAGAGCAUUCUAAACUUCUUAAUUUUAAUACUCGUGUUUCCAACAAAUCGUCUAAUAUAAUUCCUCCAUUGAAAUCUCGCGCAGAUAGAUCCGUAGACUCCGAAAGCUCUUUGCACAAAUGGCCUCCGAGAUCAACAGUGAAGUCGAACAGACCUCGCAGCAACGAUAAAAAAUUAUUUCCGAAGUCAAUAUUAAAGGUUUCACCUCAAGCUCCUUCGAAAAGUCCAAGCUCAUCGUACAGUCCAACUCCAGCGAAAGUUAAACAGAUUCCAAAGCUAGACAGUCUGAUCCCCGAUUCCGACCUCGACAGGAUUCUUCCCUGUAAAACCGGUCGUGUUGACUCCAGUAUCCAAAACGACUCAAAAGCAGUUGAAAAUUCCUCCGACUCGUCUCUCCCAAAAUUGGCACUUCCCACCUCAAGCUUAAAAUCCAAAUUACUAAAAACGAAUCGCUUAGAAUCAGCUGCGAAAGAGAUCCUUCCAGAAGUGAAACUUGAAUUCUCCACGAACGAUCUGUUAAACGCAUACAAGAAAGCAUCGGGGCAACAGGAAGAGAACGUUCGGAGGCCAAAGGAGGAUCAAAGCUCAUUAAAAUAUUCCACUCGGAGUGCUUACAAGGCGCUGAAGCGUGUAACAACGAACAAAAGAUUAAACUUCGAUCCGGAAACCGUGUUCGAGCCGAGUUCGCGUUCGGGCGAGGAGGGAAGGGUGAAACCGAACGGAUCCGCGGAUGCAGGGAAACCCGGAGGGACCGCCGGGGAAUCUCCGCGGUGCAAAAAGUCGCUCAAGGGUUCGCAAUUCGCCGGUAUCGGUGUUCGACGCGAAACUUCGAAAUUGGAGGCGUCGUCGUCGACGAUUCCCUCGGGGUCGCGUUCCACAUCAGGGCCGAGUCCCCGAUUCGCGCGCCUCGAGCCGUGGGAAAGUCCAUCUAGCCGCGUUCUGUCAUCGAUCCCGAAACUGUCCGGCACCUCGCGCCGGCAGCAGGACAGGUGUUUAGCGUGUAUACAUAAAUCAUUCGGAACGGAGCCGGAAAGAAAGAUUUCCAUGCCACUUACAGCUCUGCGGAAGAUCAUAAAUCCCGAGAAGAUGCCUGUUGCGUCUUCCCCGCGCGUGUCCGAGGACAGCGACUCCAUUUCCCUCACUUUGCCGGAUUUCGAAGAUGAGAUGGAGAGAGUAUUGAGUGAUUUGCCUCGGGAACUCGACGAGAGGAAGGUGAAGUUCGAUGAAACGCGUGCUGUUUCGGGUGACGGAACUGUAAUGGAAACUCGAGACCGAGAGACGCGCGAGGAGGCGGCGAAACAGAGUGUCCCGGAUUCGGGAUCGCUGAGCUCGGAGAUUACUCGGAAAGACGACAAGCAACGAUGUAACGAGGAGUCUCUUUUUCCGAGCGAAACUUCGACGGACAAGUUCGAACGCGUCCCGUCUCUGGAGCGAUCGAAACGGUCUCCGUCGUUCCACAGCGGCAGCUCAGGUGAGGAGGACUCGCUCGCGGUGUCGAUCGACGAGGAUCAAUCGAGGCCGAGGUAUUUGGCGGCUUGCCACGCGCCGACCGUUUUCGAGCCCAGUCUCGAGCCCCUGAGGGCCUUGAGGAACAGAAAACCGACGACGCUCCAGGAUCGCAUCGCCUUCCUGGAAGGCUCGUCGCUGAAGAAGAGCGCGUCGACCGACGACGAGGACGUUCGGGAGAAACGGACGUCGACUGGCAGGAAUGUCCUCGAUAAAGCUGAAACGAAGAGUAGCGCAGCGAGGACUCUGACGAAAGCGAAAUCUGUGGCGGGUGGUCUGAUGCUGGACGUCGAUCGAGCCGCGAGUAGGGAAUAUAUUUUGAAGAAAGGGAGCACUGUCGCUGAUUUCAGUGUGCCAAGGGUUAACGAAGAGGAUUCCUCCCGCGAGGCGAAAGAUACGUCAGAAUUGGAAGGUUCCAUGGGAGAGAAGGUCGAUAUUCCGAAACUGGUAACAAGAUUGCCACUCACCGAUCCGAAUGAAGUUAUAGGGAUUUUAGAGGGUAUCCAAGAGUCGGCUGCAGUUAUGCUAGAGAGGUUGUGCAAAGAGUUCUCGGAGCGUCUUUCGGGAAACGUUCCCAGCGAUGACUCGGUCGCGGCGAGUAACAAGAAAAUGAUUACCAGCCUGACGAGGUUGUUGGUAGACGCUAAACGUUAUUUAGACCCCGGCAGGUUCCCCUCUGACUUGGUGUUCUCCUCGAACCAGCCUCCCCCGUGCAACCCCCAGCUCCUGAAGCGAAUCCUGCCCGAAAAAUCCUACAAUCUCAUUGCGCCUUUGCUGGGAUUGCCGGUCUCGCAUCCGAGGCGGGAGACUCCGCCGGAGCAGAGCCGCCAUAUCGAUCAGAGACGUGUCAGCGGGGCGACCGACGGUGACCGCAGUUCGGCGUCCUUAGAGGUGCACCCGCCGACGCCGGGAGACAGGGAAUCACUCAAUGGCGAGGGGAAAGUGGGUCACCGCAGAUACAAUCCUUACGCUCUAUUUCUGAGGAAACCGAGACGCAAGGUGAUUACCUGGCGCCCUUUGGAAACAGCUGAUCUGGAGGGCUACGACGCGAACGCCACCCUCGAAAUGAGGGCUAACAACAUUAUGUCGGGGAUAUGCGAGGACUUCUGCAGGUGGCUCGACACCCUGGGCGGCGGCGACAAGACCGUCGACGAGGAAGCGCUGAAGGACAUGUUCGAAAUUGAUUUCAACACGGACGCGUGCAGGUCGAUGCAGGUGUUGGUUCAAGAAGCGCCGGUGGUGCCGACGGAAGUAGCAUUAACAAGAAACACGCCAGGCGCGAGUAAACUCGCCAUGACGAAGAAACACGUGAUGAAAGACGCGAAAGCGGAACAUACUCCCGCGAGGACGACUGCCUUCGGAACCGCGGUACCAGGGGAAUUGCAGUUCCGCCCGCCGAAAAAUCGAGUUCAUACGAACUGGCUUCAAUGCGAUCAUGUUCCGACUGAUCUGGAAACGAUGGACGUGGUUUGGAACGGUAUCACGCAUUUGAAAAGCGUCCGAGGAUUCGUCGAAUGGCUCCAACAACACCCGGAGGUUCCGCCGCCGGAUCCUUUAAAGACGCUCGUAUUAAUGGAUAUUGAAGCUUUGAGGCAGGUAGAGGACGACGAAGGGUUCGCUCAUCUCGAGCUCGAUAUUUAUCAAAUUAAGAGUCUCAGAGUGAUAGACACCGUCAGACAAUGA